UCAAUGCAUUAUUUCAUCUCUGUCGUGUCAUUCGCAUAUAAUAUUGUGUAAUCCGACACAUAGCAGGGAUAUCCAAUAGUUGGAGUUCUUCAUGAUAAGAUAACUCAGAUCACCCUGCUUUCUAAGGGCAUGGCUAACCUCGCUUUUAGUAUAGAAAUAGAAGAAUCUCAGUUUAACUUUCUUAGGCAGUUUUUGGCGAUAUCUGGCAACUCCAGUGGAAGGUACAGGGACUCUAGUGGUAAGGUAAGAAAAGAAAGGUGUUGCGACAGUGGGCAGAGCCGGCCCGCCUACAAGUGGUGUGUCCGGCCUCUGAGACAGCAACCAACGCCUGGGAGACUUAACCCGUCACUGAGGCCAGGGAAGUGAACAUCGAUAAGUUCAAGGGGGUCGCACACAGGAAGGCAAGGAUGACUAUGGCUGAAUCAUUUUUAAUCUUGCUUGUACUGAUCAGGGGAGUGGCUGAGUCAGCCUGGUCCUACGAGCAUCCAGAGACGUGGGAGGACCGAUGUCAUGGAGUUACUCAGUCUCCACUCAACCUUACCGAUGUGUCUCCCUUCGCCCCGGCGCCAUUCGUCUUCGAAAACUACGGGAGAACACUGGGCACGCCCUCAAUGUAAAGUUGGAACCACCUCCUCUUCACCGACCUCGUGUGUCCGGCGGUGGGCUAAAGGGAAAGUACGUUCUAGACGCUUUCCACUUCCACUGGGGCAAGCACUACGACGAGGGGUCGGAGCACCUCUUGAUGGGGUGUGCCUUCUCUGGAGAAAUGCAUUUCGUUCAUUUCAAGGAAGAAUACGGCACCUUGCAGGAAGCCCUGAAUUAUUCCGAUGGUUUGGCUGUGCUGGGCGUUUGGCUGCGGGAGUCUUCGAGUGAUCCCGAGUCCAUCUCGGAUCUGAUGUCGGCACGCGCUGACAAGCACCUUGGGGGAGCCGUGGGAUGGCGCGGAGAGGAACCCUACCACUACUCUGAAGAAGAACACGCCGCGGCCGCCUACUACUGGUUCACAAACCUCUCGCCUUCCUCCGCCACCGUGCAGGAUGCUCAUGUUCACGUUCACUUGCGGCAGCUCCUCCCACUAGAUGACUCCGUCUUUUACAGAUACGAGGGGUCGCUGACCACGCCACCGUGCACGGAGAAUGUGAUGUGGACGGUGUUCCAGGACUCAUUGGUGUUGCCCAGGCCUCUGCUGCAGGGUCUCAGGAAGCUCACAACGCCGAUCCCACCAGAGAAUGUCGACCACACCCUUUCCGACAACGAUAUCGCUCACAGUCUCUCCAACAAUUUCCGACCCACACAGCCUUUAGGGAGCAGGACCGUAUACUUCAG